AUGUCCAUCCCCGCAUCAACCCCCGUCCUCAUCGUGGGCGCCGGCCCCUCCGGCCUGAUCGCCGCCCUACAACUCGCAACAAAUAACGUUCCGUGCCUGCUCGUCGAACGCAAUGAGACGACGACAAAGUGGCCGAAGAUGGAUGUGACCAAUUGCCGCAGUAUGGAGAUUUUCAGAAGACUCGGCAUCGCAGAGGGGAUUAGGGAUGUUGGCGUCCCGGGACACUAUUCCCAUGACGUGAUUCUCAGUACGGGUCUUUCGGAGGGUGGGGAGGUGAUCUCUGAGUGGAAGCUUCGCUCGCCAGAUACCUGGCGGGCCGAAAUCCGAGCCCAAAAUGACGGAAGCAUGCCGCGCGAGCCCUGGCAGCGAUGCUCGCAGGCCGUUCUGGAGGCCUGGCUCAAGCCGCAGAUCCAGGCGAACCCAUCGAUCACCUCUGUAUUUGGCUGCAAAUUCGAGAGCCUGGUCGAGACUGAGGACGGAGUGGAGAGUAAACUGGUUACUACUGAUGAUGGAAAGGAACAUAUCGUCCGAUCUCAGUUUGUUAUUGGAUGCGAUGGUGCGGGAAGUAGGGUUCGGAGGAACGUUGGCAUUGAGCUCCAGGGAGGGCCUGUCCCAGGAGCAAUGUACCUUGUGCAUUUCAAGUCGCACGAUCUGGCACGUCUCCGUGUCCAAGGCCAAUUCUGGCACAUCUUCACGACACUAGGCGACAUAAUCAUAUCGCAGAAUGAAAAGGACACAUGGACCCUUCACCACUCUAUCCCCCUAGGCACAGACAUCUCGACCCUCGACCCCCGCGAAGCCGUCUACACGGCCCUCGGUGGCGAGACCAACAUCCCCUACCCGAUCGAGAUCGAUGAGAUCCUCGUCACCAGCGCCUGGAGACCCAACAUCUGCAUCGCAGAACGCUACGCAUCGAACCUCAAACGCGUCUUCCUCGCCGGGGACUCGGCACACCAGAAUAUCCCCACAGGCGGAUACGGGAUGAACACCGCUGUUGGGGAUAGCUUCGACAUAGGCUGGAAGCUCGCGGCUGUCGUGCAUGGACAUGGCGGAGCCCAUCUGCUUGAGUCGUACGAGCGCGAGAGACGACCCGUUGCAGUCCGGAAUAUCGAGCGCUCGGGCGUGCACUGGAGCGUGCACUCGGCGUAUAAGGAUUGGUGUGCAGCGCAGCCGGGAGUUGUCCUUGAGCGCUCGGAACGAGGGGCUGCUCUACGGGCAAAGAUCGCGGAGUGGUUCAGCUCGCAUGAUGCGGAGAACCUGGAUAUAGGGCUGGAGAUGGGUUAUCGGUACACUUCAUCUAACGUUGUCGUCAUUGAUGAGCCACGCGAGGAGGAGCCACCAUUUUACGAGCGCGAGUAUGUGCCAACAACAUGGCCUGGGGCGCGGGUGCCUCAUGUCUUCCUUAGGGAUGGGGUGACCAGUACCCAUGACCUACUCGGAACGGGGCCUGAGUAUACCCUUGUUGAUUUUACAUCGACUGGGUCUUACAUUGAGAGCUUCGCUCAUGAAGCAAAGACCCUCAAGAUCCCGUUCAAGCCUGUCCAUCUGCCGGAUGAAGACCACGUCCGUCGCAUCUGGGAAAGGGAUGCCGUCCUUGUCCGUCCUGAUGACCACGUAGCGUGGCGCUCGUCACUUUCUGAUAAAGGGCUGAAGGCGAGAGAAAUUUUGCAGGUCGCUGUUGGCCAGAGAGCCGUUGAGAGGUCAGAGACCCCAGCUGAAAGUGAGCAAGUCCAGCCCACCGCGUUCUCAUCGACGAUUGGGAAUGUCAGCAUGGAUGACGUGGAGAUGCGUGCAAAGUUUCAGUUGUAG